UACCCAAAUUCUAGACCUCAGGGACUCAAUUUCUGGUUAUGAUUAAAUCUUAGCCAAAAUCACAACUUUCGAGAGUGGUUGAAACCAGCAAUGGUUGGCCGGUUUUAUUGAUUACCAGUUGCUUAUUUUUCAAUCAAUUUUCUCAUUGAAAUUUCAAAACCAGAUUUUUUUUGCCUAAAGAGUCGUAUUUUUCAAUCAAUUAUUUGUAUUUUGAGAGAGAGAGAGGAGAGAGAGAAGAGAGUCUUUUUCAUGGUUUCGUGUGAAAGGGGCAUCAUGAGUCCUGGCUAAGACGUACUCAUCAUGAGUCCUGGUUAAGACGUACUCGACCCACCAGGUGGGCCUUUUCAUGGGCAGAGGCGGCUCUCUCUCUCUCUCUCUCUCUUUCUCAUUCUCUCGGUCUUCUGUGUACGAGGGGUUGACGUUUGAUUGAAUGGAAGACAAAAGCUUGUGUUACACGUUUUAAUCAUCACUCAACUCUGUUUGUUUGCGGGUUUUGGGUUUUGGGUUUUGGGUUUUAGGUGGUGUUAAUGUUGGAAUUGGAGAGCGAAAGCACCUGCAUUUGUUUCUCUUAAAGUGGGUCUCUCUGAAUCUUUCAUGGAGAUGCUGGCAGAAUGGGUGCGGAGUUUGUGGGUUUCUCAUUAAUCUAAUUCAAAGUUUGAACCUGAGAGCUAAUGAUGUAGGAAAUGAUUGGAGGAAAAAGGGGGUAUUCCUCUCAUGGUGUAGCUAGCAGAAGGAUCUUUUCUGCUGUUUUCUUAUAGUUAUAUGUUUUGGUUUUGGAAUAGAGAGAUGUUGUAGCAGGAAUUGGACUGGAAACCAUCUCUCUCUCUAGGAUGGAGACACCUAUGAGGCAGCCGAGUUUUGUGCGAAAGAAGAUGACUAAACAAUUGACAGGGAAGCGUGAUGAUACCGCCCUGCAUUCGGCUGCAAGGUCCGGGAAUGCGGGUGUGGUUUCGGAGAUUUUUUCGUCUGCGGCACCCCAUGAUGGUGGGAAUUUUGAGGAAUUGUUGUCAAGGCAGAACCAGGCAGGAGAAACCCCCCUUUAUGUUGCAGCUGAAUAUGGGUAUGGCGAUGUCGUUAGAGAGAUGCUUAAAUACUCAGAUAUCCUGACUGCAGGUAUCAAAGCAAGAAAUGGAUAUGAUGCUUUCCAUAUUGCUGCUAAGCAAGGGGACCUAGAUAUUGUAAAGGAGCUGUUGCAUGCACUGCCGCCUCUCUCUAUGACCACGGAUUCAUCAAAUGCCACGGCGUUGCACACAGCUGCCACACAGGGCCACAUAGACGUGGUGAACCUUCUUCUUGAAGCAGAUGGAAACCUCGCAAAGAUAACAAGAAGCAAUGGAAAGACUGCCUUGCAUUCUGCUGCUAGGAAUGGGCAUGUAGAAGUUGUGAAAACCCUCCUUCGAGCAAAUCCAGAAAUCGCAAUUAGAAAUGAUAAUAAGGGCCAAACAGCAUUUCACAUGGCGGUGAAGGGUCAAAACAUUGAGAUAGUUGAAGAGUUGCUCAAAUCAGAGCCAUUAGUGAUAAACUUGGUCGACAACAAGGGUAAUACUGCACUGCAUAUAGCCUCCAGGAAGGGCCGUGCUCAGAUAGUGAGGAAACUACUAGAAUUCGAGGGAAUCGACAUAAAGCUGGUGAACAGAUCCCAGGAAACUGCCUUAGAUACCGCUGAGAAAACUGGAAACCUAGAAAUAACAUCCAUUUUGCGAGAAGCUGGGGUGGAAAGCACAAGGGGUGCUAAUCAACCUAGCAAGGAACGUGAACUAAAGCAGACAGUGAGCGACAUAAAGCAUGAAGUCCACUCUCAGCUGGAGCAGACUCGUCAAACACGCAAACGAGUCCAAGGAAUUGCCAAAAGGAUCAAUAAACUCCAUGAAGAGGGGUUGAACAAUGCCAUAAAUUCCACCACAGUGGUCGCUGUUCUCAUUGCCACUGUCGCUUUUGCUGCCAUCUUUACAGUUCCUGGCCAAUACGUGACCGACCCAAACGACAUCUCCCCAACUGUGUCAAUGGGGGAAGCCUACAUUGCCCAUAUGACUCCCUUCCAUAUUUUCUUCAUAUUCGAUUCCAUUGCCCUCUUCAUCUCUCUUGCAGUGGUGGUAGUCCAAACAUCGGUUGUGGUUAUAGAAAGCAGGGCCAAGAAGCAGUUGAUGACGGUUAUUAACAAGCUCAUGUGGUUGGCUUGUGUGUUGAUAUCGGUGGCGUUUAUAGCUCUCUCAUACAUAGUGGUGGGGAAGCACCUGAGGUGGCUGGCAAUAGCAGUGACAUUGAUAGGCACUCUUAUAAUGGCCACUACAUUAGGGACUAUGUGUUACUGGGUGAUCAUGCACAGGAUUGAAGCAUCCAACAUGAGGAGUAUAAGGAGGUCCUUUAACAGCCGUUCACGCUCGGGCUCCAUGUCUGCCAUUUUCUCAGAUCCCGAGGUCCUGAAUACGGAUUACAAGAAGAUGUAUGCUAUCUAAUCCUUGUCGCUCUGCCUCACCCCCCCGCCCCCCUCUCUCUCAGUGCCUGUUGUUACUUCCAACUACUUGUCUCUGUAAAUGGCUACGUUAUUGGCCAUAGGAAAGGUGAACUAAUGGCAUUUUAUGAAAUGUAUGAUAGUAGUUAUACCUUAAUGUUCGGACUGUUUUAACUAAACGAGGGCACUUUGUAGUUUGUACCAAGGAGGUCGGGAUGCCCCUAUUCGAAGUGUGGGGUCAAUAGAUGCCAUUGACUCCAAUGGGAAAAGGAAAACCAUCGCUCUGUGGGUCACAUGCCAUCCUUGGGUUAUGUUACCUAGCCUUGAUUAUUGAGGAAGUAUGGUGGGCAGAUGGAUCUCCUCUGCCAAACUUGUGUUGAUUCACGUGGUCCACCGCUGUGCCAAUGUAUAUGUAAAUAUGAACAGUUAGGAUUGUAUAAUAUAAGAUAAUGGACAAGGUUUCCAUGAGUUGGCUGACUCAUUUAUUUA